AUGUCACAAUUCGCAGACAUUUCGCAAUUCGGUGCACUGCAGAGCAUUCUGCACCAUACUCGCAAAGACGAUGUUGCAUUCCUAGCCCUGGCAAUCUUCUCGGGCAUCAUCUAUACUCGCUUCAUCCAAGACAAACCAGAUCCAUAUCACCAUGUCUGGUUUGAGAAGCCUCAAGCAGCUGAUUCGAGCGGAAAAGCCGCCGAAACAAGAGACAUCGGGAAGAAACUGGAAGAGAGCAAGAAAGAUCUUGUUGUAUUCUGGGGUUCUCAGUCUGGUACUGCCGAAGGACUUGCAGCUCGACUCGUGAGAGACUUUAGAAGUCGCUUUGGGCUUGAUGUGCUCGCAGCAGACCUUUCCGACUAUGAUCCAGAAACAAUCAACAACAUCUCAGAAAAGAAGUUUGCAAUCUUCAUUAUCUCGACCUACGGAGAAGGCGAUCCCAGCGAUAAUACAUCAAAUUUCAUGUCCUGGCUCAAGACCAACAAGAGCGUGCGAUUCGAGAAACUUCGGUAUGCCGCUUUUGGGUUGGGAAAUAAGAAGUACAAGUGUUACAACAAAGUUAUUGAUGUUGUUGUUGAAUCGCUUGACCAUCUGGGAGCUGCUGCUUUGAUGCCAGUUGGAAAAGCGGACGAUUCCAAUGGUGCCACAGACGAAGACUUCACAGAGUGGAAGCAAUCGUUGUUCUCCUUGUUCCAUGCACAGCUUGGAUUUGAGGAACGACCUGAGCGGUAUGAUCCAACGUUGCGAGUUGUGCAGGACACAUCUUUGGACAAAAUCGACCUCCAUAUCGGUGAGCCAGUUAGGUCGGGGCAAUCGAAGAAAUUGGCUGCAGGAAUGUCAACCAUCCAAGCUUUGCCAAUCCGAACAGCAGAAAAGCUUCUUUCAACGACCGAUCGAAACUGCCUUCAUUUGGAACUCGACACAAAUGAAUUCCCAGAGCUGAAAUACAAAACUGGUGAUCAUCUCGCUGUUUGGCCUUCGAAUCCGACAUCAGAAAUUCAGCGUCUAGUGAGAGUACUCGGCCUUGAAGAAGUCACUGAAACCCCUCUCUUGAUUCAAAGCCUAGAUCCAUCUGUACAAGUUAAAGUCCCGUCGCCAACUACUUGGGAGGCUCUCCUUCAAUACUACCUGGAAAUAUGCGCACCAGUCCCACGAGAAGUCGUGCUAUCGCUAGCACAAUUUGCCCCUUCUGAAGCUGCGAAAGCUACCUUGAAGCGACUCGGAGCAGACAAAGAUGUCUACCAUGAUUACUGCUCAAAAACCCAUCUCACUCUCGGUAGACUUCUUGAAAUCAUUUCACCGUCCCAAGGAUCCUGGUCUACAAUUCCUCUGUCGUUCGUCCUGGAGAGUCUCCCAACACUCUCACCGCGAUACUACUCCAUCUCAUCUUCAUCAGUCGUUUCUCCCAAAAAUAUCUCCAUCACAGUAGCAACCUCUUCGGAACCUUCUCCGACUCACGGUGCUCCUAUCCCAGGCCUCACCACAGACUAUUUACUGGCAAUUGAGCGCAAAAGCAAAAGUGCCACCACAUCCAGCGGGCCUAGCUACGACAUUUCCGGUCCAGGCAAUUCUCUGGAACAAGGGAGUAAGCUCUUUGCACACAUCCGGAAGUCGAAAUUCAAACUACCCAUCUUACCCAAGACUCCCGUCAUCAUGAUCGCCUCUGGCAGCGGCGUAGCCCCCUUUCGCGGAUUCCUCACCGAACGAGCUCGAGUCGGCCACAUCGGUCGAGAAGUAGGACAGAGCCAUUUAUUCUUCGGGUGCCGAUCCCCAGACGACUAUCUGUACCGCUCGGAGCUGGAAGCACUACAGCAGUCCAACGAGGAAAUCAAGGUCGUCACUGCGUUUUCAAGGACCGAGCAGAAUAGGAAUGGAGGCAGGGCGUAUGUUCAGGACAAGCUUGAAGAGAACGACGAGAAGAUGAUUGAGCUGUUGAUGGAGCAUAAUGCGUAUCUGUAUAUUUGCGGCAGUGCUGCUAUGGCGAGGGACGUGGCGGCUAGACUUGGCAAUUGUAUGCGUGCGAGGAAAGGGUGGAGUGAAGCUGAGUUGAGAGAGUGGUCUGAGGUUAUGAGGAAAACACAUAGGUGGCAGGAAGAUGUUUGGGGUUGA